AUGUGCCUCGCGGACCUGCAUCUCUCCACGCUGCCCUGCAAGCACCGAUACUACCGCCUCCUCCGACCCUGCACUCCGGGCCACAACCUCCUCAACUGCCCCAUGAAGCUCGCCCUCUCCGGCUGGGAGAGUCGAUCGGCAUCCUGCCCCUUCUGCAUCUCGGUCGAUCCAUCCGGCAACUCAUGCGCAGUCGACUACACCACCUACCGCCUCAUCACCGAGACCUCUCUCGGCCUCACCACCCGCGUGUCGCGUUCCUCCAGCCUUGCCGACACGCGUCGCGCCACGCGCAGCGCCUCCCUAUCCAACGCGAUGAAGCGCAGCGACAGCUACGUCGACGCGCUCACCUGUGGCGGUGCUCCACCUCCAUCAUUCUACUCCAACCACACACCCUCCCCACCCCUCUCUUCCGGUACCUUCUCCACCCCACGCUACUCUCCCUCCGGCUCUGUCUCCUCCCUCACCUUCACCACCCCCACCAUCCCCGCCGGUGCCCCCUACCCCCCUCACCCCGCGAACUACUGCCCCAUCGCCACCUCCACCUCCAUCCGCAACCAAGCCGCCCUCGCCCGCAUCGACACCUACUUCUCCCCGAACCGCGGAAUCCUCAGCGGCGGCGGCUCCCCGGGCUCCGCAUCCCGUCCUGACUCGUCCGCCACUGUCACCCCCGGGGACAACCUGGAGAUGCUCGCGCACCGCCGUGGGAGCUACGCGACGAGUGCAUCGGGCGCGAGCGCGGGCAGCCCGGCGAGCUCGGCGACUAGUGCGGGGCAGGGAGCUGGGGAGGAGGAUAGGGGGAGUGAGGCAGGCGAGGCGUCAGGUCCUGCAAUUUCGGCGAAGGGGGGUUGGUCGAGGAGGGAUAGUGUGGUGGGAUUAGGGCUUCCAGCGAGUUUGGGAGAGAAACACAAAGAGAAAGGAUACGGAUAUGGAGGGCGGAAGCGGAGUUUGAAGGAGGCGGUGAGGAAGGGAAGGAAGCUGUCGAUUGGGUUGUUUAAGUGA